AUGACAUUUGUUGGGCUUCUGGGUCAUGUCUUCUUACUUGCAGCUAGCCCCCCUUUCCACCCCACUUAUCAAUUGGUCCCUGCUACACAUGAAACACACUGUCUGGCUGUCUAUACGCCUUCAAUUCCUGGCCCCGGUAACGUCAUAUUUAAGGAUUUAGAGCAGAUGCUGCACUUGCCUAGGCAGUUUCCUCUCCCUAAGCUUCAAACCCAUCACCCAGUUAUCAUCUUUCUCCUACCCACCCACAUCAUUCUUUUGGUCUGCAUGCCCGGCCUUAUGCGGAACCGCUAG